AUGAUGAACGACCUGACCCCCGAGCUGGGCAGGAAGAGACGAGCGGCUUGGGGAGCGUACAAGAGCAUCGAGGAUGUAGUGAAGAACACCAGAAACACCCGGCUCCGUGCUCGCCUCUUCAACACCACCGUACUUCCUGCUUUGACCUAUGCUUCGGAAACCUGGGCAUUUCGCAAGCAGGAAGAAAACGCGGUGAGCGUCACUGAACGCGCAAUUGAGAGAGUGAUGCUAGGAGUAUCCCGUUUCACGCAAGUGAGGGACGGGAUUCGAAGUUCCCUCCUACGUCAACGAUCGAAGAUUAGGGUUGCGUGUAAAGAGGGUCCCGGCGGAAUUUCGAGCAUGCCCCGCUCAUGCCUCGUCAGAACAAUUAGCGAUGGUGCGUGUCCUAAAGAGAUUCACUUUCGUUAG